AAACAAUUAGGAUUCGGCUUACACAAAAAUUAUAUUUAUAAUUAGCUAAAACUAGAUUUAGAUCUAGAUCUAUGUGAGAAUCCAUCUUUCUACUUGAUCUAGUCUAGUCUAGAUCUAUCUAUCCAAAUCCUGUGACCAGGUCAGCAUGGAAAUAAAUCUGCAACACUUAAAAAACAUUUCAAAAUAUGUUGCCAGUCUCUGCUUUAGCUACAGAAUUCCUUUAAGGAAAGCACAUUUUUUAAUUAAAAAGGAUGAAAUUAAUCAAAUGUGUGCUGCAAACACCUUCCCUUCAGACCUCAAGUCUUAGAAAAUAAUAAACAUUAUUCAUCAAAAGACAAAGUAUAUACAGAAAGUGUUGUGAAUUCAAUCAAACAAACAGACUUUACCAACAAAGUGCCUACAAUUAGUGAGCCACAUAGUGAUUCACUUUCCCAGCAAAGUGUAUCUUUGAAGGAUUCACCUUUUCUUUUGAAUGAUGACCCAGAAAUAUUGUGCACACAAAGUAUUGAGAAACAAAUAAGAGAUUUAAUGGUAAUGUGGCAAGUAAGAACUGCAGUUGAUUUGUUAAAAGCUGCAUUGAAGGAUGGAGAAAAACCUGACAGACAGAUUAUUGCAGGCAUGCUACAGCAAAUAGCUGUUCUAGGUGAGGUUGAUACUUUAAAGGAGCUUCAUGAAGUGCUGAAAGUGGAAGAAUUAGUUACUCAAGUUUGGUUCUACAAGUGUUUAAGUGAUGCAUACUGCAAUAGUGGUAGGUUGGAAGAGGGCAUCACCAUGCUGAGACAAGAGUAUGCAUCUAACUACAACCUUGAGGACGUUGACAUGUUUUUCAUUAUGCUCACUGUAAAGGCCAUCACUCACUUUCCUCAUAGACUGGCACUGAUAGAAGACAUCAUUAAUACUCAAGAGACAGAAAGAAAAUUAGAAUUAUGCGCUACCUACUGGCUGUCUUUUGUUUUAGCUGAAAAGUUCGAUACAGCAGAUACAAUGUUAAAAGAUUAUUUGUUUCUGAAAAAAAUGAUUUCACUGCAGCUUUCCAAGCUCAAAAGAUCAUCAUUUGAAGUGGAUUACAACAAAGACAGAGUCUUGGUCUGGCUGUUCCAACAACCCUACAUUACUAAGGGUCUAAGAGCCAGCUUAUUUGAUUUUUUUAUUGUUCAUAAAUGUAGAGAAAAUGAGUGGGAUGAAGCUUUAGAGCACAUCUUAAGUGCCAUGGAGCAGGGAAAGAAAGUUCACAAACAGACAUUACAGAUGUUUCUCUCUAAAUUUCUCAGUCACAUGUCUAAGCUGAAAAUAGAACAGCUAACAGACUGGGUAGAUAACCAAAAGAAAAUGUGUUAA